AAGUUCUUAUACAUUUGCGAGAAAUUUUGUUUAAUUAAUAAUGAGAAAUGAAAUAAUAAAUAAGUAAAUAAUAAAUACCUAUAUGCUUACGUAAAUAUAAUUAGUGAAUCAUCUAUUUAAUAACGAUGAAAAUGUAGAUUUGUAUUGAAAUGUAUAACUAAUAUUCAGUAAAUUAGGUUUUUUUUUAUUAAAUUGCGCUUAAAUUGCUGAUGUAGAGAAUUUAUUGAUACUAAUUUGUUAUUUUGUUUGAGUUUACAAACGCAUAAAUAAAAAACCUUACAAAAUGAUGGCUGGAAAAGUUAUGGAAACUGAAGAACAAAACAGAAUAAGAUUUCAAGUGGAACUUGAAUUCGUACAAUGCUUGGCCAAUCCUAAUUAUAUUCAUUUUUUAGCACAACGUGGCUACCUCAAGGAGCAGCCCUUCAUCAACUAUCUGAAGUACCUUCAGUAUUGGCGUGAACCAGAAUAUGCUCGUUACCUUAAAUAUCCAAUGUGCUUGCAUUUCCUAGAAUUGUUACAACAUGAAGCAUUCAGGAGGGAAUGUGUCUCGGCUCAGGUUUGCAAAUUUAUGGAUGAUCAAGCAAUUUUGUUAUGGCAACAUUAUACGCGACGACGCACGCGUACCCUACAACCGCCGGACGCACCUGCGCCGCCCGCUCCUCCUGCGCCGCCCCAACAGGGACAACCAAGGCAGCAAUCGUGAACUUAGUGAUAAUGUGAACUAUUGAGUGGACAAUUAUCUAAAAGGAACUGUGGAGUAUUGAAGUGAAUUAUUGAAAAUUUAAUAUUGUCUGAAAUGAAUACCUAAGAUUUCUAUUUGGUCUACCAUAAUCAGUAAAGUCUAUACAGCUGGGUCUUCAUAAAUGGGAAAUUGCAACUAUUGUUUUCUCAAAUUCUCAAUACACUGACUCAAUUUUUCUCCAUCAAUUUCAAGUUUUCAACUAAAACUAAAAAUUAAUGUUGGUAAUUAUGUUUCCAAUUUUAAAUUUAAAGACGAAGACUUUUUUUUAAAUUCAUUUGAAUUGGGUGCAGACAAAUAUAAUCAGUGUUGGCAGUUCCAAAUACAGAAACUAUCAACAAUUUCAGUUGAAUUGCAGGUUCAUUUAUGAAACUUAUGAUUGUUAUGAUUGUAACUCCUAACAAUAACGUUUUAUAAAAUUGUUAAAAGGCUUCUAUCAUAGAAUUGUCUGAGACUGAUUGAAUAACUAUAAGAAAAUAAAAUUUUGUCUUUCAGAAUAAAAUGUUAAAUUAAAAUACACUA